UUAGGAGUGUAGUCACAGUGGCGUGCUUGAAUGUCGCUCUGAGUAGACAUUUAGUUACGCGUGCAUUAUAGAUUACAUGUUUUCAACGUGAUACCAUAUGAGUCCAGCGUGAGGGAUUUUGGUGACUCACUCAGACUCUGCUCCUCCUCACACUAAUCAUACAUCUCGGACUCUCUGGGUGAUAUCUGUGGUGCCAUGAUGGAGUGCAGCCCAUGCAGAUGGCUUAAAGAAAAGAGGGGUUCCAGAGAGGUGGUCCUUGUGGUGGUCUUUAUAGCUCUAUUGGUGGAUAAUAUGCUUUUCACAGUGGUUGUUCCCAUUAUUCCAAGUUUCCUCUAUCGGAUAGAACAUAAGAAUGGAAAUACAACUGUGGGCAUGAUUGCAUCAUCUUCUGAUUCCAAAGUUUCUUUUGCCUCAAUAUACUCUCUGCAUGAGAACACAACCAUCUUAAGUGACCAAUCAAAUUAUGAAGGGGUCAAUAAUAAGACACAGGAGGCCCCCAAUAAUUCCAGCUGUGACAAGGAAACAAGUAUCCUGCACCAUGAGAAUAUCCAAGUUGGUCUUCUGAUUUCAACCAAAGCAAUAGUACAACUGAUAGUCAACCCCAUAGUAGCACUCAUUACCAACAGGGUUGGAUUUGAUAAACCACUAUUUGCUGGAUUUAUCAUCCUGUUCUUUUCUACUUUAAUUUUUACCUUCGCUGACUCAUAUUGGCUGAUGUUCUUUGCAAGAUCGGUGCAGGGAGCCGGAUCCUCAUUUUCCACUGUUGCAGGUUUGGGAAUGCUGGCCCAAAUAUACCCUGAUGAAUAUGAAAGAGGGAAGGCCAUGGGCAUCGCACUAGGAGGCCUGGCGUUGGGUACGAUCAUUGGCCCCCCCUUCGGUUCACUAAUGUACAAUUUUGUUGGGAAAGCUUCACCAUUCUUAGUGCUGGCUGUUCUCGCUCUGCUAGAUGGAGCUCUACAGCUCUGUAUGCUGCGAUUUGACAAGUUUGUUCCGGGGGGCAUUCCAGCGACAUCCUACUUGACACUUCUCAAGGACCCUUACAUUGUAGUGGCUGCAGGGGUUUUUUGCAUUGACUAUCUGUCAUUUGGAGUUGUUGCACCCACCCUGCCCAUAUGGAUGUUGGAAACGAUGUGCUCGUCUGACUGGGAAUUAGUCGCUGUAGCUGUUUCCUCAUCCUCUCCAAAGUCUCAGCUAAGAGGGAGACUUGAGCGGUCAGAGCUGCUACAGUAUCUGAAACGGGUGCCUGAGCUCCGUGCUCAGCUAUUUGGCUGUGAGUAG